AUGUCGUACUACUUCACUAUUCUAUCUCCAACGGAUACACCGGUCUUCAACAUUGCGUUCGGUACAUCAAAAAGUGGCGGCGAUGGCAUUGCGCGAUUCCGCUUCCCCGACACAGCUCAGUACAUGAAUCAGUUCAUCAUCCACUCCAGCCUGGACAUUGUUGAAGAGGCUCAAUGGACAAAUGGGGCUAUGUACCUGAAGCAUGUCGACACAUAUCCUCCAGCCGCGGCGUAUAUCUCCGCAUUUUUAACCCCUAGUGGUGCACGUUUUCUUCUUCUCCAUCAACCCCCACAGCUUCCAAACUCAGGUGGGAGCAGUGGGCUUGGAGCGUCGUCACUGUUGGGAUCGUCCGGCAAUCUUGCCCGGGGCUCCACCAGUUCGAUCGCCGCGAAUCCAACCUCGCCGCAGACAGAGGAGGCUGUUCGUCAGUUUAUGACUGAAGUCUACGAAAACUAUGUCAAGACGGCAAUGAGUCCAUUCUACAAACAGGGCAUGGAAAUUCGAAGUCCAGUGUUUAGGACGCGAGUUACGGCAGCAGGCAAGAAGUGGCUGUGA